AUGAUCAUUAGCACCUGGAACAUAAGAGGGCUUAAUAAGCCCUAUAAGCAGAAGGAGUUAAGAAACUUUCUGCAAAAGAAUAAAGUAGACAUCCUUGGAUGUUUAGAGACUAGAGUUAAAGAAAAGAAGGCAAAAAAUAUACUGCAAAAGGUAGCAAAGGAUUGGAGAUAUUGCUGUAAUUAUUCUAAGGGUGAAAAUGGAAGAAUAUGCAUACUAUGGAGAACAUCUUUGGCUGUAAAGAUAGUUCACAUUCAUGAGCAAUUUAUCGAAUGCUUAGUAGAUGAUCCAAUGACUAGUAUUCAGAUAAUGGUGACAGUGGUCUAUGCUAGAAAUAAGCUACAGGAAAGGGCAAUACUUUGGCAUGAUUUGCAGCAGAUAGGGGGGCAGACUCAGAUCCCCUGGCUCAUAAGUGGAGACUUUAAUAAUCUUCUAACCACAGAUGACAGGCAAGGACAACUAGUGACUGCUAGUGAGGUUCAGGAGUUUAAACAAUGCAUUAGUAACAUGCAGCUGACCCCAUUGAGAACAAAGGGAUGCUUUUUUACAUGGUGCAACAAACAGGAUGCACAUGCUAGAGUGUAUAGUAAGAUUGACUGGGCUUUUGGAAAUUUCAAAUGGACUAAGGAUUAUGGGCAUGUGGAAGCAGAUUGCCUAGAGCCAGGUGUGUCAGAUCAUUCUCCUAUCUUAGUCCAAGUCUGGAAAAGAAGAACUAUUCACCCCAAGCCAUUCAAACUUUACAUGGUAACAAUGGAGCACAAGGACUUUAGGCCUAUGGUGGACAGAAUAUGGCAACAGCAAAAUGAAAUGGAUCCUAUGACUAGUAUUUGGCAAAAGUUACAUAAGUUGAAGAAUGAGUCUAAAGGUCUGAACAAGGAAAUGGCAAAUUAUGAGCAAAGGUUGACAACAAUAAGGCAGAGACUAGAAUGCAUUCAAGCAAACAUGGUGCAUGAUCCUUUCAAUCAAAUGUUGAUAGAACAAGAGAAGCAGACCAUGCAUGAAUUGGAGAAAUGGAGUAUAAUAGAGGAGAGGAUAUUGAGGUAG